AUGUCAAACCUCCUCGAACCAAUCACCAUAGGCGGCAAGCUCCCUCUGAGAAACCGUAUCGUCAUGGGUUCAAUGACUCGCAACCGCUGCAUCGAUGAUAACAAACCCGGCCCAGCCCAAAUCAAGCACUACGCUGAUAGAGCCAAGUACGGCACUGGUCUCAUCGUCACUGAAGGCACUUUCGUCGAUUGGACUGGCUGCGACUGGAAACACGCUCCAUUCAUGGUCACCCAAGACCACGCUGAUGCUUGGCAAAAAGUUACUGAUGCAGUACAUGAAGCUGGCGGGAAGAUCUUCUUUCAGGCCUGGCAUGCUGGGAGGUGUCAGCAUGAUCAGUUGCCGAUUAUGAAAGAGAAAGGUGCCAAGGUUCUGGCUCCUUCAGCUAUUAGUGCUGAAGCUGGAAAAUAUCGAGAUUUGCCUGGGAUGCCUGGGCAUACGGACAAUAUCGAGGCCAUUACAGAUGUUCAGUCUGUUAUUGGGACUUACAGACGAAGCUGCGAGCUAGCUAAAUCAGCUGGCUUUGAUGGAGUUGAGCUCCUUGCUCAAGGCGGCUAUCUAGCUCAACAGUUUCUCAGCAGCCGUGCGAAUCACCGUACCGACGAGUAUGGUGGUUCAGUCGAGAACAGAUGCCGCUUCACCCUCGAACUCGUCGAUGCAAUCGCCGCCGUCUUCAACGGACCCGAGUAUAUCUGUGUCAAAAUCAACCCUACAGACCAUCUCAACGAUUCUAUCGUUGACUUUGGUGAGAUGAAAGAGACCUAUACGUAUCUCAUCACCGAGCUUGUCAAACGAAAGGUUGGUAUCAUCAACCUUGGCCGUCGUGGUGCCGAAACGUCCCCCGGUUCAGGGGAAUUCUUUGGACCUCUCCCUCGGCCUGAAGGCUAUCCUCUCCCUCGUGGCUAUGACCCUGUUCUUGACUUUGGGAAGCUCGUCAAGUUUCCUGGUAGUCCGACUUUGCUAAUGGCCAAUCAUGAUUAUACUGUUGAAGCGGCUGAUGCACUUGUUGGAGCGGGCAAACUCGACAUGAUUACGUUUGCGAGAGCUUUCAUCCACAAUCCGGAUUUUGUUCCCCGUAUCAUUCACGGAGUACCUCUCGCCAACAAUGAUAGAGGCGCCUGGGUUUAUUAUGGGCCGGGUAAGACACCAGAUGAGGGUUACAAUGAUUGGCCAGUAGCCUCUACCACAUAA